GAACAUAUGAGUGGUACAAUCUUUAAAUGAGAGCCACCAUCCAAUCUACUAUUUUGCUUCACUGGUAACACUAGUCACUCCUGCGGAGCAGAGGCUCCGCCGUUUCCUUUUUCCUGCUAUCUCUCGGCCCCCACUUCCCCCCGGCCCCCCAACCCUUUUCUCCUUCUCCUCUCUCUCUCUCUGUCUCUCUCUCUCUCUGUAGUCAUGGUCUUUAUACAACCAAACAGUCCCCAUUCUUACUCUCCACUACAGCAAAAAAUGGUGGGUUUAGCUUCAGUUCCUCAAUGGCUCGAAGUCCUGUUGGGGGAGAAGUUCUUCAACCCCUGUUUCGUUCACGAGACCGAUAAAAAGAGCGAAAAGAACAUCUUCUGCUUGGAUUGCUGCAUCAGUCUAUGCCCCCAGUGCCUCCCUGCGCACCCAAGUCACCGGCUCUUACAGAUAAGGCGCUAUGUUUAUCAAGACGUCGUUCGACUGAACGAUGCCCAGAAACUGAUGGAUUGUUCCUCUGUUCAGGCGUACAUAACCAACAAUGCAAAAGUGGUGUUUUUGAAUCAAAGGCCGAUGACCCGUCAAUUCAGAGGCUCGGGAAACACUUGCACUGUCUGUGACCGAAAUCUCCAACACCCUUUCCUUUUCUGCUCAAUUUCUUGCAAGGCCAAUCAAAUGGGGAGUAACAAAGUUGAACUCAAUGUGGUGAAGGUUGAAGACUGUUUGGAGCUCGAAAACGGUCAAAUGACCCCUGACUCGGUCCUUGAACUGCCCGUUUUGACGCGAACUUCUUCGUCUGAAUCGAGCUCAAGCAGUGCCGGCCUGCCGAAUCUUACUAGGACCACUCCUCUUGCUAGCGCCGCCGCCGCGGAGUUUGUGAAGAGAAAGCGCAGCUCUGUUUUCGUGUCCCGAAACCGGUGCCGGCCGAUACGCUGCGCUGCGGCGGCGGAGCUUACCGACGCCACGAGCCGGCGGCGGAAGGGUGCCCCCCACCGGUCGCCGCUGUAUUGAGUGAGGGGGAUUGACAAGGACGUGUUUGGUAGGAUCUUUUAUGAUUAACAAGCUGCUUCUUUUUGUUAUAACUCCAUACAAUGAUGUUAGUACUAUAUCUAAAUUCACACUCAAAUACACAUCCACCUUUCACAUGAGUGGUGGGUUUCACACACACUAAUAAGUGUGUGUAGUGUAUGUGAAACCCAUCACUGAUGUGAGUGUGGAUGUAUGUUUUGGUGUGAGUUUGGAUGUAUAAUUAGAAUUAUUGUUACUCCGUAUUAUUACUACACGAGGGUCUAGACUCUAGAUCCCCUGUUCCCAAUCCUAUUGAUGACCUCAUCUCCGCCGUACGAUCCAUAUUGUUUGGGCAGAGAUCGUGUGGUGGGGAGGAGUUGUGUCCUUUUAGGUGAGGAGAUUGGGCAGGGAAUCUGGGGGCAGUAGCCAGUACUAAUGUCAAUUUUGUAAAGAUAUGGAUACUGCAGUGGAUGAUAAUUUACCAUUUUUUUUUUGGAUUU